UUUCGAAAUCUUCCAUCCAAUAUAUUGUAAUCGGGAAUCCGCCCGAUUUGUAGACCUCGGCCGCCGCCGCCAGUUGCCAAAACGGUCCCGCAGAGGCAUCAUCGCGGUCGUCGUAGUCUUCGUAGUCGUCGCAGUCUCAUCAGCUCACCGACUCGUCAUCUCCAUCGUCUCCGUCGGAAAAAAUGACUUAUUGGUGUCGUCUGCAAAAGGCGCCGAGAUAACGAUAUUACCAUAGGACGCUUGCCCGCUGCAGCGGUAUACCGAUCGGCGUACGACCGACGAACAGAAAUCCGCCGACGGGGGAGGGAAGGAGAAGAAAAAAAACCAAGCUAUUUUAUGUGGAAACGUUUACAUCCGACGCUAUUGUUUGACGGUUCACUUGUCGCGACUAUGUUUUUUCGCCGAUUCAUUCGAACACAGCAAUAAAAUUAUACAUAUACACCGCGGAGGCGGAUCACACACCCCGACGACGACGGCGCCGCUCGUUAGCGGUAUAAUAUUCCAGCGCCGUCAGUCAUUAACCUUCGGUGCACUUCAGUCGUCGUAGCUGUGUCCUCGGCGAUCACCGUAAUACUUGCAAUAAUUAUUAUUACAUUGGUAUUACAAAAGCGCAAGGCAUAAUAUUAUCAAGUUACGACUCACACCGGGGCCGAAGACAUGCACCCCCCAUGGUUGCCACCGUUAGUCCUGCACCUGAUCGCCGGAGCAACUGUCCUGCUGGCCGCCGACAACGUCACGACGUCCUCGCCGGUACAGGAAGGUGGUGCUCAGGUGCGAUGCUCGAACAACUACACGAUGACUUGCGUCAAGAGGGACGUGCUCCUGUUACUGGACGCUUUGGACGGAGAACGGAGCUACGAGGUAUAUCCUGGAUUUACGUUGUUCCAGAGGCGCAGCCCUUCAGCUGGCCUGCUGCCGAGCAACGAGUCUCUGGACGCGGCCAACUCCAGCCAGCUGGACCACAUGAUCGCCAAACGGCUCAACGAUUACGUGGAGAGCAUCGAUCUAAGGGUCAGACUCCUCAACCCGAUCAACGCGACGGCCCGAUCGGUUGGUAACAGCAUGCUCGAACGGAUUUUGCCGUUUCUCAGAAUGAGUAGAAAAAAGAAAGACUACCACGGCCUGUACUGGGUGGCGGGCACGAUGGCUGCCGUCGGAGCCAGCGCCCUGAUGGCACUCUCCAGCAAGGCUUUGAUGACGGCUGGCGCGGCGCUGGCCCUGGCAAUCUACAGCUGCAUGAAGGGCGGUGGCGGUGGCAAGGGCGGCGGCAGUCACCUAACUGCUACAUUGAUGGAAGAGAGCACGCUGGUGCCUCAUCGACAGUGCGCCGAGGCGGUGGUGGACAUCUCUGGCAUGCACAACUAUCCGGCGGAUGUGGAACGGUAUCCGGGGUCCCGGAAGACGGUAGAUAUCGUGUCACCCGCCAUGCCUGUCUACAGGAUCCAUCAGACGUCCGAGGACUACUCGUCGUCAUACGGCUCAUCUCAGCCACAGUCUCAGGCCCAGUACCCCUAGUGCCUUUGCACUGCUAUCGGAAGUGGUGGUAGUGGUUAAAUGUAUGACAUAACUAAGGCCGGGAACUCGAUGACCUAAAAAUGUUUAAAAAAUUCACGAAAAAAAGAAAUGUUCAAUAAAUUAAUACACCCACCCGUUCAAUAUAUUAUAUAUUUAAUUAAAACACUAAACAUCGUUUCAUAACACAAAUUCUAUAAACUAAGAAAUUAAACAAAAAAAAAAACAG